AUGGAUGUUGUGGGCCUGCUCACGACGGCUCUGGUGGCUUCAAAAACAUAUGCGCUGCAAGAAUGCUCGAUGUGCGGGUGUACGAAGUUGGUCGAGUAUGAUGCGCACAAGUUUCAAGAGCGCAGUCAAGACGCAACAAGACUGCGGGACAUGGAGCACAUUGUAUAA